AUGGAGUCGCUGAGCGACACCCUUUGGGAUGUUGUGAUCUGCGGCACUGGACUGCAGCAGUCGCUGCUUGCUUUAGCCCUGUCAAGAUCCGACAAGAAGAUUUUGCAUCUUGACCCCAACGAAUUCUAUGGCGGUGCCGAGGCGGCAUUCAGUCUUCAGGAUGCCGAGCUUUGGGCGAACCGCAUAUCGGCUGGUAGUGGCGGUAUCUUCAGCGCUGUGUCGAUCGAGAAGCCCGAGGGCGCCACGGGCUUAUCUUCCUCCCGCGCUUACUCGCUGGCCCUCGCACCGCAGUUGAUCCAUGCCCGCUCGGCACUGCUGUCGCAGCUGGUCUCGUCCCGUGCCUAUCGCCAGGUCGAGUUCCUUGCUGUGGGAUCCUUCUACAUCUUCAAGCCACCACAGGAUCCUUCCCAGCAACCGUCGUUGACCCGCAUUCCAUCCACGCGCGAGGAAGUCUUCUCGACCACUGCGGUGUCGGCUAAGGCCAAGCGGUUACUGAUGAAAUUCCUGAAGUUCGUCCUGGACUAUGAGAACUCACCGCAGCUGGAAGUGUGGAAACCGCAUGCCAAUGCGCUACUCACCGACCUUUUACAGCAGGAGUUCAAGAUGGACGCAGAACUGCAGACGUACAUCGUCACGCUGACCCUCUCACUGGACGGAAAAAUCAGCACCAAAGACGGGCUGGCUGCUAUCCGUCGCCAUCUUUCGUCGAUGGGCGUGUACGGCCCGGGCUUCGCUGCCAUCUACCCCAAGUGGGGUGGCCUCUCGGAGAUUGCCCAGGUCGCAUGUCGGGCUGGUGCUGUCGGCGGAGCCGUGUACAUGCUUGGGACCGGCAUCAAAGAGAUGGAAACCGUUGAGGGAGAGGUCAAAAUCCAACUCACAAGCGGCGACACUGUGAAGACCAGAAUGUUCGUGCGUGCCGACGACAGCCCUGGUGACAAGACAGGUAUCACGAGGCUGGUGGCCGUGGUAGGCUCGCCGCUGAACCCACUCUUUGAGGGAGUCGUCGAAGGCGCCCCAAGGCCCGCCGUCGCCGUCAGUGCCUUCCCAGCUGGCUCGCUCUCGGUAUCGGGAAAGGCAUCCAAGUAUCCGGUAUAUUUGUCUGCCCACUCCAGCGAUACCGGGGAGUGUCCCACUCAGCAGAGUGUACUGUACCUGACCACCCUCUCGUCCGCUGAUGCAAAAGCCACCCUGAAUCUGGCAUUGGAUACCUUCCUUGGCGCCGUCAUUCAAGGCCAGACUCCUCAAGUUCUAUACAAACUUCAGUACGAUCAGCUCGCCGGUUCUCACCGUUCGCAAUCAGACACCUCGCUUUUCACUUUUCCGGCCCCGCUUUCCUCUCUCUCUUUCAGUGACUCCACGCUAGAACCAGUACACGAGGCCUGGAAGAAGAUUAUGGGUGAAGCUGCCGUCGAGGCAGAUUAUAUGACGUUCACGGACCGGGAAGGGGCCAUGGACGAUGACGAUGUAUAUGAAUGA